CGGCGGCGGUGGCGGUGGCGACUGGUGGUGGGGGUGGGCCACGGGACCCGGGGGUUGGCCUGGAGCAGGAGGCACGCGGCCCCGGGGAUUCCUGGCACCUCGGCUCUCCAUCAGAGACAGCGUUCUUCAAGAGCCAUGGCAUCUGGUGCAGAGUCUCCCUCAGUAAGGAUGGACUCCAUCCCCUCACCCUCCGAAGUGGCCACACAGCUGGAAGGAGGAGAGGACUUUGAGGUGCUGGAUGAAGAGGAGGAGGACCUGAGCGAGCUACCUCCAUUGGAAGAUCUCAGAGCGGCCCCAGCCCAGGCCCAGAGCACUGGAAACGAGGAGCCCUCCGUCCCAGAAGAAGCCGGAGGGCCGGAGAUCACCCAGGAUGAAUGGCUGGAUGUUUUGGGAAAUGGUCUGCUCAAGAAGAAGACAUUGGCGCCUGGCCCCCCAGGGGCUGAGCGACCAAGAAAAGGCCAGGAGGUGACCAUCCAGUUCAAGAUGAUGUUGGAGGAUGGAACCCAGGUGGAAGAGGAGUCCAGCCUCACCUUCACCCUGGGAGACUGUGAUGUUAUCCAGGCUCUGGACCUGUGCAUUCAGCUCAUGGAUGUGGGUGAGACCGCUCUCAUCACCUCGGAUUCCAAGUACUGCUAUGGCCCUCAGGGCAGCAGGAGUCCGUCCAUCCCACCCCAUGCGGCCCUGCGGCUGGAGGUGGCCCUGCGGAUGGCAGUGGAUGGGCCCGACUUGGAGUUGCUGAGCGGGCGGGAGCGGAUCGCACUAGCGGACCGCAAGCGGGAGUGUGGGAACGCCCACUACCAGCGCACGGAUUUUGUGCUGGCCGCCAACUCCUAUGACCUCGCGCUCAAGGCCAUCAACUCCAGUUCCAAAGUUGACAUCAGUCCCGAGGAGGAGGGGGAGCUUCUGGAGCUGCGGGUCAAGUGCCUCAACAACCUGGCGGCUUCCCAGCUCAAGCUGGACCACUCUGGGGCCGCUCUGCGCUCCUGCAAUAUGGUUCUGGAGCUCCAGCCGGACAAUAUCAAGGCCCUCUUCCGCAAGGGCAAGGUUUUGGCACAGCAGGGGGAGUACAGCGAGGCCAUUCCCAUCCUGAGAGCUGCCCUGAAGCUGGAACCGUCCAACAAGACGAUCCACGCCGAGCUGUCCAAGCUGGUGAAGAAGCACGCGGCUCAAAGGGACACAGAGAGUGCCAUGUAUCGGAAGAUGCUGGGUAACCCAAGCCCUAGUGGGUUGCCUGCCAAGUACCAGGCCAAAGGCCCCCGGUCUAUCCCUUGGAAGUGGCUCUUUGGGGCAACGGCCGUGGCCCUGGGCGGUGUGGCUUUGUCAGUCGUCAUCGCGGCCAGGAACUGAGCAACAGGACCGGCCUCAUCUCUCUCUUGUUCUGUGUCCCCUCUGGCCACCCUGCUCCCUCCCGCUCUCCUUUCCUCCCUCCUUCCCUCUGCCCCCAGCUCAGAGGCUAACUUGCCCCACCCCAGCUCACCUCCUGACCUGGAUUUGGUGAUGUAGCUAAUUCCGGUCUGUCCGUUCCCCCCGCUCUCUGGUCCCUUAUGGGGUCUCUCCUUCCUGGGUGAGAUACUAGCUGAAGGUCACAGGGGAUUGAGUGCAGGGAUUGUGCCAAGGAGGCCCAGGGGGUGGUUUCUGCUUCCUCCAGGAGCUGGGCUGAGCCCUGCCUAGGUAGGGCAAGAAGGGAGCCUGGGGCUGCCCAUAGUGGUGCUUUGGGGAAGGCCCGAAUUGGCAGCAGGUGAUUGGAAUAGGGGCCGGGUGCCCAGGGAGGAUGUCCCAGGGCAGUCCCUUGGCUGGAAUAUCUUGUUUGACACAUGGCAAGAGGGGAGGGAGAUUAGAAGCAGCUAUUUUCCUACUGUACAGUCCUCCCCGCACCGGGGGUAGAUUGUAUUUUAUGCUCUCAGACACAGGUCCCAGGAGAGGGCAGGGAAGAGCCACUGGCAAGGCAGGAAUGGAAGCCCUGUGCAGGGGGCCGCUCCUGACCCUAUACCCACUGCUACUCCCGCACCCCUCACCCAGCUGAUGGCAGAGGCAGCGUGGAUGCCCAGUAGUACCACCCCACUAAGUCGGGGCACCGGCCAAGCUCGGCUUGCCACAGCCCUAACAAUUCUCUGACGAGGUCUCUUGAGAACUUACCUUCUGCGGGGGAAUUCCCCUCAUCUUUUCUUCUCCCCAGGAUGAGAGGUCUGGAUUUUCCCCUUUGGGGGUAGGGUGGUUUCUUCUUUUUUGUUUCUUAAGCGAGUGAGUGUGUGUGCCUCUCUCUCUCUCUCUCUCUCUCUCUCUCUCUCUCUCUCUCUCUCUCUGGCCCAGAGCUAAUCCUGGUUCCCUUCUGUUGCCCUUGGUGUCAAAGCCUUCCCAUAUCCUGGAUCUGGGCCUUUUGUCUUAUCACACUAGGAAAAUUCAUAUGGAAUAAAGUCUGGAUUACAUUCUUGCAGGA